UUAAAUACUACUUUAUAUAUUAUUAUUAGGUAAUACUUUAAAUAUUUUUUUUAUAUAAAAUAAAUAUUAAAUUGAGCUUUUAUGCUAUACUUAUGCAGCUUAUGUCAUUUUGUGUGUGAUAGCCCUUACACUAGACCACGCGUUCGAGCGUGUUCUGUAGGAUUCCGAAUGAGCAAUUAAAAUGUUUCGCGUGUCCGCUGAAGGAAAAAAAAGCAUUUUCGCUUUUCUGAACGAACCAAAAAGCUUUAUUCAGAACAAGUACAAACUAAUGUCGUGACACGUCUGAAUAAGCGCGCGAUUUCUUUUCAACUAGUUUAUUUUCGUUGCUUGACAACAGCGAUGCCACACCAGUUGCACAAACGGUGGGAGAUCUGUUGUCUCUUUCCUUCUCUAGUGACAGCUCGAAACGGAAAAAGACAGCAAAUACUUCUACCGCUCGCGCAGCCCCACGCAGCCCUACUGGCGGGAGUGUCUGAACUGACACCGCUGCUUCGCAAUUGCUUGCUGUCGCCGAUCGAUAUUCGUAAUCGGACAGCUGACUUGCGAGGAGUAUAGGCGGCGCGCGAAAGGGCCUAAACACAAUGCCAGAAAGAAUCUUCUUCUCUCUUUCUCUCUUUCUUUAUUUCCUGUUCCUAUUGCCUGUUGCCUAGCAUUGUGUUUAGGCUUAACAAUAUACAUAUACAUAUAUAUGCGUAACUUUUAUUUAAAAUUUUAUCUCAAUAUUCCAUGAGAAAGAAACAUCUGAUGUUCUCUCGGCGCUGGCUCAAUGUAAUCGGCAGCGAUUAUCACAUACACGCUAUAGUGUUAAAUUGCAAGUGUUCAAUUGCACAUAGAAAUAUUUUAUAUUAUCUUAUAACCGCACGAUUAGACUAAGUUGUAGAAAAUGAAUUAUAGCACUUAACAUCUUUUAUAAAAAGAAAAAAUGUAAAAAAUAAAGAUAUUUAUAUUUUUUUUAUACUUAAUAGAGAGGAAUAAGCGGGCUUUUGUUUCUUUUAUCUUUUUUAAACGCAUUUAAUGUUAGUAGAAAGAUGAUCAGUAUCAUAGACGAAUAUUUCAGUCUUAACCGUGCUUUUCUGCUGAUAGUUGGUCUAUGGCCUUAUCAACGAUCAAAAUUUGUUCGAUUUUAUUCAUUUUGUUGCUACAGUAUUAUUGUAACUACUGUUCUACUUCAGUUUGCAACACUUGUGACUUCAAAAUGUACUGCAGAUUAUGUCAUAAAGUUCUGUUCUAUAUUAUUUGUUGUCAUUACUUUAAUCGUUACAUACAAUUCGUUUUACGUUAACGGUGAUAAAUUAAGAUAUUUAAUGGAACAAAUUCAGCUCAUUUAUGAUGACUUAAAGGAUAAUAAUGAAAUUGCCAUCUUUAAAAGAUAUGUAAACAUUUCGAAACGUUAUACGACUGCGUUUAUAAGUAAGACAAUACUUUUUAUUUAUUAUACUUAUAAUAUAUUAACAAGUAUGAAAUUUGAAUAACAAAACAUUUUUUUCAAAUUUCUUGAAUUGCAACAUGUUUUAUUUU